AUGCCCAAGGUGGAAACCACACUGUUCAGGGUGACAACUACACUGCCCAAUGGGACAGCUACACCAGCCGACGUGACAACUACAUCGCCCGAGGUGACCACUACACUGCCCGAGGUGACAACUACACUGCCCGAGGUGACAACCACACUGCCCGAGGUGACAACCACACUGCCCGAGGUGACAACUACACUGUCCGAGGUGACAACCACACUGUCUGAGGUGACAAACACACUGCCCGAGCUGACAACCACACUGCCCAAGGUGACAACCACUUUGCCCAAGGUGACAACCACGUUGCCCAAGGUGGCAACCACAUUGCCCAAGGUGGCAACCACACUGCCUAAGAUGACAACCACUCCGCCAGAGGUGUUCCCAAAUAAUGUCAAACGGACCAGAUUUGACCAGAUUCAGAAGAAUACAGAGCCACAACCUUUAACGAUUCAAGAAGGGGAUCGCUACCAUAGUCUUGGUUGCUGGAAGGACCACAGUAGUCGUGCCAUUCCAACACUCGAGGGGCUAGAUUCACGUCUGGAGGGCAGCUACCGAACACGGAGUAACGCCGUCGAGAAGUGUUACCAGGCAGCAAAAUCUCGGUCCUUUGCCGUGUUUGCUGUACAACAUGGCGGGCAGUGUUACGGGUCUGCUGACGGGCACAACACCUUCUUCAAGUACGGCCGUUCCACCGCCUGUCAAGCGGGCGAUGGCGGCACUUGGGCAAAUGACGUGUACCGAAUUACAACUCGGACAGGUGUCAAUAUCGCCCUGGGGAAGAGAACGGCCCAAUCCAGCACAUUCAGCUUUAAUGAGGACCUCCCGGGAAAUGCCAGGCUUGCUGUAGACGGGAACACUGCCUCCAACCACCACUACGGGUCUUGCACACACACCAAAAAUUUACCGGGAGAGAUGAAUGCAAGCUGGUGGGUGGAUCUUGGCCAGCAGUAUGCGAUUGGCAGAGUUGUCAUCUUCAACCGGAUGGACUGUUGUCAGGAACGACUCAACCCCUUCAACAUCCACAUCGGGGAUUCCGACCAGGUCAGCACGAACCCCAUGUGUGGCGAUUAUCAUCAAAUCGACGUGAAACGGCCGUCCAUUUCGGUCUCAUGUCAGGGGAUGAAGGGACGGUAUGUGGCCGUUCGUCUUCCCUACAACCACAACUGCCGGAUUCUGAGCCUGUGUGAAGUCCAAGUCUUUUCGGUUACCUGGAACAUGCGAAAUGGGGGCUGCCAGGAUGGCUACAUACGAGUCGGGUGGCCCUGCAUCAAACUCGUUUCCAGCCCAAAGUCCUUUUGGGAUGCAAAGCAGGCCUGUGUGGACGAAGGCGCUACUCUGGCCAUGCCUAGAACGGAAGAAUUUGACCACGCUCUAAGACACCAUGUCAAAAUCACUGCUCAGCUCGGCUACUCCGAAUUUUGGAUCGGGCUGACGGUGACCGUAACUGGCUUCUGGUUUGGAUCAAAAGAAUAUAACUGGGUAGACGGGGUACCCCUGCUGGGACAGUACCGGGGUUGGCACCCAGGUGAACCAACUGACGUAAAAAACCUAAGGAACGGGGAUUGGCUAUGUAUCCAGUACUGGUACUCAGGACGUACCACCGAUCCAAUGUGGGACGACGCUGAAUGUUCACAGAAAAAGCGGUACAUCUGCCAAUCCUCUCCUGCCUAA